AUGAGAGACAGUCAGAGAAGAGAAUACCAAGGGAGAGAUCACCAAAAACAAACAAACCAUACCUACCCCGCAUUCCAUGAAUACACUCCAUUGAAUGCCCCAAGAGCUGCCAUCUACAACAUCAACAAGAAUGAGAACUGGAAAAGACCACCUCCAAUGAGUAACAAACCCAGACCACAAACGAAGUACUGUGCUUUCCACGAGGACUGUGGACACUACACGGAAGAAUGCAGAGAUUUGAAAGAUAACAUCGAGGAUAUGAUCAGGAGAGGCUACCUGACACAGUAUAGAGCCCGGCAAGACAUCAACAAUCAACAAAAUCACAGCCAGCAAAACCACAACCCAAAUAACAGAUUGCCAGCAACCCAAACACCACUCAGAAUAAAACAAAAGGCACCAGAAACCAGCCGUAAUGCAGAAGCUAGAAAUACCGGCCAGAAGAGGCCGACAGUAUGGGUCAUAUCCGGCGGGCCAUGCCACGGAGGAACAAUUAGUGGAGCAGACAGGAGCCUAGAGGAGCACCGCCACCUCAUAAACUACCACAGCACCAGAAAGUGGCCAUCACCCCCAGUCAUCCCAGGAAUCUCAUUCUCCCCGGCAGACUACCGCAGAAUCAUAUAUCCCCAUGAUGACCCAUUGGUUUUUGGCCUCGAAGUAGCAAACUUUCCGGUAAAAAGAAUACUGGUAGACGGCGGAAGUUCAGCCAACAUAAUAUUCUGGGAAGCCUUCACUCAACUCCAAAUAGAUGAGAAGGAACUCACGAGAGUCAAUUACCCGGUAAUAGGAUUCUCCAGGGCCACCGUCUUUCCAGAGGGAAGCAUCAGGCUGCCGGUACAGAUCGGAGAAGGUAGUGCCACAAGGGACCUGAUGGUGGACUUCUUAGUAAUAAAAGUGCCGGCUGCGUACAACAUCAUCAUAGGCCGACCAUUCAUCCUUGACGCACAAGCAGUGGUAUCAACGUACCACCUAACCAUGAUAUACAUUUCUAACUUCGAGAAAGCAGAGAGAAUCCAGGUAGUCAAGAAUCAGCAAGAUCAUGCUACUUGA